CCCACUCCUCCAUCGAAGUUUUCGAUCGAAGAAGCUGGCCAUGCGGGUUCAAUCGCUUUUCCUAGCCACAAUCGGUUUGCGGAGCCUCAGAGGGAAAGGAAGACCACUCCCCAAAGACCAGCUGAUCUGCGUUCGAAACAAAUCGACGGAAAAACCGAUGGUGCGAAAUUGCUGAAUCUCCCGUCGGAGAAUGGGGGACCGCCGAGCAGCUUGGAUAACAUUGGCUUCUCCGCACAGUCAUCUCGUCUUGCUCGCCUUUUCUCACCCCCUGGACGCCUGCGUUGCCAUUGAGGGGAUUUAUGGGCUCACAAGUUUCAUCUGAUGAGAUGAGCGUGCGUGCUGGCCAGGGGAGUGAUGAGGUGCUGGUGUCACAGGCUGUGUGGGAUUACCUGGCCGCUGCAGGCAGGCCCUGGCUCCUCGACUUCCAGCACAAGCAGGGCAUGAACGCUGGCAUCGUCCGGCGGGGUGAGAGAGGGGGCUGCUGCGCCGUGAGGCUGCAGCCGGUGCCAGGCGCCAGGCUCGCCAGCGUGUCGGAUGCACCCGUUUCCAGUGAGACACGUAAAGCCUUCAUCGAUCUGUGCCGCUGUGCCCGCAAGGAGAUGAGCAAGCAGGAAGGCGGCCCCAAAAGGAAGCGGGCCCUGCUGCCCUGCGUGGGGGUCCUGGAGCCAAACGGCGAGGGGAACUUGCUCCAGCCACCACCCCAGCCACGUCGCUCCCAGCGACAGCAGCAGCAGAAGUUCCGGAAGGCUGCGGACGAAGAGGCCUUCUCCAUGGUUCACGAGGCAGCCCACCGGAAAGACUGUGGAACAACUUCCCACAGCGAGGCCGAUGACAACACUUCUUGCUCCAUCUGCAUGGGGGACAUUGUAGACAAGACCACCCUGGAGAAGUGCGGCCACUCCUUCUGCCGCUGCUGCCUGGAUCAAGCUUUCAAGGUGAAGAGAGCCUGCCCUGUGUGUCGUCUUGUUUACGGCCAGCUAAUAGGUAACCAGCCUGCCAAUGGCACCAUGAUUGUUGAGCGGGAUCCCGCCUUGCAGCUACCGGGUCAUGAGGGCUAUGGGUGUAUCUGCAUCAUCUACAGCUUCUCUCCUGGUUUACAGACGCCAGAGCAUCCCAACCCGGGCGUGCGGUACCCAGGAACAGACCGUUUGGCCUACCUCCCCGACAGCCCAGACGGGAACCGUGUGCUAGGCCUGCUGCGCCGGGCCUUUGAACAGCGCCUUACCUUCACGAUCGGUACCUCCAUGACGACAGGCUUGCAAAAUGUCAUCACCUGGAAUGACAUCCAUCACAAGACCUCAAUAUGGGGCGGGCCCCGCUGUUUUGGUUACCCAGAUCCCACUUACCUGGUGCGCGUGACAGAGGAGCUGCGAGAAAAAGGCAUCACCGUCGACUGAAGUGAAAGACCUUCAGGAGUUUGCAUGACUUGAUGGCGUGUAUGUCAUGGUAAGAGGGUUCCAGGUUGUUGUGUCAAGACGUCCUUUGAAGGUUGGCAGCGGGCCCUCAGCGGACAGGUGGCUGCUGCAACAGAGUCCAUGUCAGUGUGCUCCCACUUGAGUUGGCUUCAGCUCAGUGCUUCUACGUGUGGAAGGGGAGCGUGAGUGCAGCUCGUUUUCACGCUAUCUCACGAUCCUCCGCCCGUUUGCCAUGGCAAAAGCACUUGUUGCACAUGCUUCAUAUUUUUUUAGGAAGUAACUCUUGCUGUCAUGAAGAUGAAUUUUUGUUUGAAUGUUUCUGCUCUCAUUUUUUCAUUAGUUUCGAAGCGAGUUCCUCCUUUGCCAGAUGACAGAAUAGCAUUGCUAAAAAAAAACAAUUUGCAAUCUAAAGCACUUGUGAGCACUUUUUUUCCCACCCAUCUCUUCCUCUUUUUUCUUUUUUUACCAGCAGGAGCAGCAGCAGUCUGUAGUUGCUUGAUGUCAUUAGUUCCAGAACACUCGUUUGCGAUGAUUUGUAUUCCCCGUGUCCAUCUUGAACUAAAAUAGGGAGUGUAUGAAUUCAAUGAUGUGGCUUUUUAAUCCAUGGGUCACCCAUGUUAUUCCAAGUUGUCUCACAGGCAUUGGGCCCAUAUGACCUUAGUUAUUAGUACUGUGUGCUCAUCUAAUUACGCAUUACCAGAUUUAUGACGAUGUCAAAUAUGAAGGGCAUACAAGCCACUAAACCAAAUCAAAGGCACAAAAGCUCUUUAAAGAAAAUCAAAUCUAUGCCUCUGUCCCUGUCAAACUGGGAGAUUUGCCUGAUGAAGCUCUCAUUUAAAAUGAGAAUACUGUUGUAAAUACGUUUAUCUGGAUUGAUGAUCUGUGAUACACAGUUGGAGGAAAUUAUAAGAAAACUUGGGAGCAAAUAUUUAGAAUUUUUAUGGUGUGGAUUUUGUUGUGCCUUUUCUGAUACUCACUUUGAUUAAAAAUUUGAGCAUGCCAUUACAUAUGAAUGGAAGCAAAGUAUGUUGUGGGUGUAUUUCUGUGUUGUUUGCUAAAUUGCUAAUAUUUGUAGCGGAGGGAGUCUCACACUCCCAUGUAUCAAACCGCGUUGCUGAAGCGAGUUACACACGUACCGAUUUUUAACAUCUUUACUGAUGUUGACAAAAUGAGACGUGUCGAGGGACUUUACGGAAGCUAAUCGCACACUGGCCAAGGUGGGGUUGGUGGCGACUGAGUCGGAAGCUAAUUGUCAAUGGUGGGUGGGCAAAGCGGGGUAGACGGAGUGUCCCUAUCAGACGCUCAUUAUCGACGGGGGGGGUUUGUGCGGUGUCAAAAAAAAAAAAAAAGUGUGUGUUUGGGGGGGGGGGGUGCAAACAAGCACACCAUGCAGCGGGGGCCUAAAGUCAUUCUUUGAGGAGUGAGAGUCAUGUUGAGAGAAGAAAGUACAGCAAAAAUUGGAGAUGAGGAGCAAGGUGCUACUGCCUCGAAAGGGAUCAACAUCCAUUGUCCGGACUUGGUUUUGGAGUCAGGGCAAGCAUAUUUGUAAAUUUAAAAUCUAUUGAGUAAAUGUAAUUUUUGUAUUGAUUAUUCUAAUAUAAUGCAUUUUAAGGUUUAAUUUUGCACUAAAAUAUUUACUGUUUGUUGAAAAGUAAUGCAUUAAAAAUAGAUGUAUUUUCCAACAUGAAUAAUUGUGAUUCAUAACCGUGAUUACAAUAUUGAUCAAAAUAAUCACGAUUAGCAUUUUGGCCAUAAUCAUGCAGCCCUAAGUUGUAUUGACCACACAAGGAUUUGAAAGCGUAAAUAGCAAAUAGGUUCAAACGUUCACAGUUGUCGGGCUGACCGUUUUCCAAGCAGAUCGGAAGAAAAACCACUUGAACACUUACCACAAUACAGGAUAUUUGCUAAGGGUAACAUUUUACAGACAGAAUGGGGCCUUUGUGUACUUUGAUCGGAGGAAGCGGGCAAAUUUGGCCUAAUUAUCGGUACGCGUGAAACCCGCUUAAGUGCAGUAACCUGCUUGGCUUUGUGAUACAUUUUGUCAUUACAUGCAUUUCACCCCACAGUUUUCGUUAUCUUUUCUGUUUAAGGGACCAACAGAUCUAUUUGGACACAGGAUUGUAGUUUUGCAAAAGCUACUGUGUAAACAUUUCUAUGCAUUAUAUGUGAAUAAGGAGGAAGCAGGAGGGGAGCUUACUCAUGCUACAGAGAGAUAAGUUUGUAGUUUUGCUUUUCUGUCAAUUGGUACAUUGUUGAUAUUCAGAAAAAAUGUGCUUUACAUUUUAAUACCUAAAAAAUAAAAUUUUUGUUUGGCA